UAUAGCGAAAUAGUAUAAUACUAUUAUAAUAUUCCGUGCCUUUUUGAAAACCAAUUUUGUGCUUCGUCUCUCUGCUUCGCUUCUCCGUUCCGCCAGUCACCACCACCACCACCACCACCACCAACUCGCCGGAGAAGUAAGUAUUCCGGCGACCUCGCUGAGAGCACUGUGGGGGCGCUGGAGAGGGAAGAAGUACUGGAAAUGGGGGAGGAGUGGAGGGUUAGCGUCGCUGUCCCUGUCAAUCUCUAGGGUUUGGUAGGCUGCUCGGCUGGGGGGCGUCCGACUGGGGAGGAGCUAGGUAGCAGCCAGCGUCCUGCUCCCCGUUGCAAGCAUUUGCUGCGCGGUUGGAGUCAGACCCUUUUUCGCUCCGCCUCCGCCUUUGAACUCCGGGGAAGGUGCUGCUGCUGUGGCCUGCGCGCCAUGGAGCCGUUCCCCCAGCUCCCGCCUGCGUCGUCAACAGGUUGCGUGCACGCGUCGGGCUCCGGACUGUGACGCGGAGGAGGGGAUCUCUUCAGGCGCCCAACUGGUCCGUGGUGGGGUGCAGCGCCCGCAGGAUGCCAACCGAGCAGAGGCGCCACAUGCCCCCGGCCCACUUUCUUCCGGCGGAGCCUGAAUCGUCCUCCUUCCCCAACGAGCUUCGCUUGCGUCCUGAGAGGCAAGUUGGACUAUUGAAGCAAGGUUGCUUUCCUGAGCAUGCUGGCAGAUUGGCUUGUCCUCCGCUGCAAAAGCUCAAGCCUAUUGGUGCAACAGUAGUGGAUCAGCUAGAUAUUAUGCGGCCAUACAAGCUAAUGGACCAGAAAGUGCCAUUUGGCCUUGAUGACAAGUUGUUGGAUGUUAAGCUGCCACCAUCUUCCUGGAGAGAGGAUCAGGAUCCAGCAAACCAACAUGAUUCUUUUCCCAAGGCAUUAGUUUCACCUCUGGAAGGUAGAAGGGGAAGUUUAAAUGGGACCCAAUAUGAAAGCGGACUUUUCUCCAGCUCCCUUCCCGACAUUUUUGACAAGAAAAUAAGAUUAACGUCAAAGAACAGAGUUGUUGGUCAGCUGGUUGAAAAAGUUGAUCUCAACCAUGCCGAUGAUGAGCCUUUUGAGUUGACAAAGGAAAUUGAGACCCAAAUAAUUGGCAACCUGCUCCCUGAUGACGACGACUUAUUGUCAGGUGUUUUUGGUGAUAUUGGGUAUAAUACCCAUGUGAAUAAUCAGGAUGAGAUUGAUGAUGAUAUAUUUUGUACUGGAGGUGGAAUGGAAUUGGAAGCAGAUGGAAAUAGCAAAUCGUCAAAAUUUAAUGGCGGAACUAGUUAUAGUCAGACUAGGUCAAUUGUCCAACUGAAUGGUGAGCGACCCUCGAGAAUCCUUUUUGUCGGAAACAUUGAUAGAAACAUUGAGGAUUCUGAAUUGAAACUCAUGUUUGAGCAAUAUGGAGACAUGCAGACACUUAAUGCUUCUUGCAAACAUCAUGGUUUUGUGAUGGUAUCUUACUAUGAUGUAAGAUCGGCGGAAAAUGCUAUGAGGGCCCUUCAAAGCAAGUCACUCAGAUGUAGGAAACUUGACAUACAUUACUCCAUUCCAAAGGACUAUCCUUUGGAGAAAGAUAUCAACCAGGACAUGGUAAUAGUUAACCUUGACCCCUCAAUAACUAAUGAUGAUCUGCACCAGAUAUUUGGUGUCCUUGGUGAAAUCAAGGAGAUUCACCCUAUUUCAGACAAUGAUCAUUACAGAUCGAUAGAAUUUUUUGAUGUCAGAGCAGCUGAAGCUGCGCGAUAUGCCUUAAACAGGAGUGAAAUUGCAGGAAAUAAAAUCAAAUUGGAGCCUGGCUGUCUGGAUGGUACUAAACGUUUGAUGCAGCAGAUGUCUCGCGUGUUGGAGCAUGAACGGUUUGGUGGAUGCAAACUGGGAAGCCCAAACAGUCCUUCACCAUGCUUUGGUUCCAUCAAUAUGGCAUCCAUCAGAUCCACUGGCACAGAUAGUGGAACUGUUCAGGUUUUACAUUCUAGAGUUCAGACACCGACAAACCAAUUCCAAGAGGGAAGAAGUUUUCUGGAUCUUCCCUCAACUACCAUAAGAAAUAGAUCCUCUCCUGUUGGAAUUGCAACUGCAGGAUCACAAAGCAGCCACCAUGUUCUUGAUGAGCACAUCCAUUCACUUGGAAAGAUGAAUGUACAGAACAAGGGGCGAAUGGAUUGUGGCUUUCAAGAGAGUAUUGCUUUCCAUCCUCAUUCUCUCCCUGACUUCAAUGACAGACUAAGAAAUGGUAUCCCCUAUAGCUGCUCAAUACCUCCCAUCGGUGUUAAGAGCAAUGCUAGAGCUCCUGAAGCAAUGGAUGGCAGGCAUAUGUACAAAGGAGGCUGUGGGAAUCUCAGCAAUCAAUCUUCUGCUCAUACUGAAGCACUUGGAUUUUCAAGAACUGGCAGCUUCCCUCUCCAUGGUCACCAACUAGCACGGAGUAAUUCUAAUAACCUACAUCAGCAGCAUUCUUCUCCCAUGCUAUGGCCUAGCACGGGCCCAUUUACCAAUAAUGUAUCAUCUCGCCAGUUGAUGCAAGUGCAUGGAAUUUCAAGAGCACCAUUGCGCAUGCUUGAAAAUACCAUCCCUAUGAAUCAUCAACAUGUGGGAUCUGCCCCAGCUGUCAAUCCAUCAAUUUGGGAUAGACGACAUGGAUAUGCUGGAGAGAUGAUGGAAGCACCAGGAUUCAACCCUGGGAGUGUUGGAAGUAUGGGUUUCCCUGGUAGCACACAUCUGCAUCAGUUGGAAACCAAUGGUAUGUUUCCUCACAGUGGAGGGACUUUCAUGGACCCAGCUUUGUCUCCUGCACACAUGAGUGCUCCCUCUCCUCAGCGGAGGGGGCAUAUUUUCCAUCGAAGGAGCCAUGUGGCAACUAUUCCAUCCUCAUUCGAUUCUGCUGGUGAACGGAUGCGGAGCCGAAGAAACGACUCGAAUGUAAAUCAAUCUGACAAUAAAAGGCUGUUUGAGCUUGACAUUGAGCGUAUAGUCCGGGGCGAGGACUCCCGGACUACACUGAUGAUAAAGAAUAUCCCAAACAAGUACACAUCAAAGAUGCUCCUGGCAGCUAUUGAUGAAAGUCACCGGGGAACUUAUGAUUUUAUCUACCUGCCAAUUGACUUUAAGAAUAAGUGCAAUGUUGGUUAUGCAUUCAUCAACAUGAUCAAUCCUGACAAUAUUGUUCCAUUUUAUAAGACAUUUCAUGGGAAACGAUGGGAGAAGUUCAACAGUGAGAAAGUGGCCUCACUUGCUUAUGCUAGAAUCCAAGGAAAAUCAGCUCUUGUUGCUCAUUUCCAGAACUCAAGUUUGAUGAAUGAGGAUAAACGCUGCCGCCCUAUACUCUUCCACUCUGAUGGUCCAAAUGCAGGAGAUCAAGAACCAUUCCCUGUGGGAUCGAAUGUCCGUUCCAGGCCUGGAAGGUCCAGGAUUUUGAGCUGGGAACAAAACCACCAGGACAUUGCAUCGGAUCAUACCAAAGGUGGAACUCCUCCGAGCAGGGGUGGUGGCACUCUAGGUUACAUCGCCACAGACACUGAUCAUAUGGCUGUCGCUUGAAGAACUUACCACAUCACCCAACCUUCUGACAAUUGCAAUCCAGUUUUUUUUUUGAAAUUGCAUCCUCACCCACCCCUUUGCUCCUUUUGUUAUGUUGUAUCUAUAUCUACUUCCGCGUGAUAUUUUGGGCACCGGAGGCUCUCUAGACGGCUGCAGAUUUGGUCGCUGACAAAGUAACGAGGAGAUGGACGUUGUGCCGCUCAGUUUCUCCUAAGGCCUGAUCGAAGCAUUGUCGUUAACUUUUAACUGAGAGUUGUUGCUUUGGAAGGCGAAAGGCGCACGGACUGCUUCGAGAUUUUGGGUAGUGCUGUAAGAUGUAACCCAGUGUUGUACAGGUGCUGUAAGAAUGGUUCACUAGAGGGAACAAGACACAAGAAUGUCCACUUUUUUGGGUGAUGUCAAUUGUCAACUUUUUAUGCAAGGCAGUCUGCCAAGCGUCUUUGAUAGCC